AUGGAAGACUCUAAAGGAGUAAACAUUCCACUAGCUGGACACUUCACAUUUUCUACUGAUCAAGCCCCUAAAACUGAUAAUGAAAGGAAGAACAUGGAAAAGAUUCCAUAUGCAGAAGCCAUAGGUAGUGUUAUGUACUCUAUGAUUAGUACAAGACCUGACAUAGCUUAUGCUGUCAGUGUUUUGAGCAGGUACAUGGAAAAUCCUGGAGAAGAACAUUGGAAGGGUGUUAAAUGGUUAUUAAGGUACUUGAAGGAAACAAGUAACCUUGGUUUGAAAUUUGACAAAACAGGCUUGAAGACUCAUCUAGAAGGGUAUGUUGAUGCUGAUUAUGCUUCAAACCGAGACACUAGGAAAUCAAUUACAAGUUAUUGUUUUCAGUUAAAUGGUUGUUGCAUUAGUUGGAAGGUUCAAUUGCAACAAGUUGUUGCACUCUCUACUACUGAAGCAGAAUUCAUGGCAACAACUGAGAUUUUCAAAGAAGCAGUGUGGCUCAAAGGAAUACUAAAUGAAAUAAAGAUGCUUUCAGGGAAAGUUAUAGUCUAUUCAGAUAGUCAGUCUUCAAUACAUCUAAGCAGAAAUCCAGUGUAUCAUGAAAGAUCAAAACACAUUGAUAUAAGACUUUUUUGGAUACGAAACAAGAUUGAAGAAGGUGAAGUUAAUCUUGAGAAAAUUCCCAGUGAAGAUAACCCUGCUGAUGCUGGUACUAAGGUAUUAACUGUCAGCAAGUUCCAACAUUGUUUGGACUUGCUGAACAUGGGAACUGUUUGA